CCCCUCCUCCCCUUCAACUUCCUCUCUUCCAUUCUCUCUCUAUUUCUCUUCUCUAUAAAUUUGCUAAAUUUAAUUUUGUCAGCCUGGCUUCUGGGGGUUUAUUUGUGAAAUUAUUGAAACGUAGGGAUUGGGCGUGGAGAUUUUUUAGGUUUUUAUUUAUUUAUUAUUAUUUUUUGCUUUUCAACAAAAGAAAAUAUAUUAUUUGCUGACGUGGCGUGCAUUGGGAGGGAGUAGUAGUAGUAGUAGUAGUAGGUUUAGGUUUAGGUUUAGGUUAAAAAAGAAAGAGAGAAGGGUUUGAAGGAUGAUGAAUAGUAAUACCACCAAAACGAUGCGUUUACCUCCUCGUAGAUUAAUGACGUCACCUAGGCCCAACAACAACAACAACAACAAUAAGAGGAAAGAAAGAGAGGGCCUUGAUGAUGAUGAUCAUCAUGAUGAUGAUGAGGCGGCCCACCAACUCUCAUUCACGGCUAAAGUACCGACGCCGCCGCAUUCGAAGCAGCUCCUUGCCGGCUACUUGGCUCACGAGUUCCUCACUAAAGGAACGCUUUUCGGUCAGACUUGGGAUAAUAAUCCAGAUCCGGCGGCUGCUAAUGCUAUUGCUAUGCCUUCUUCUUCUUCUUGUUAUUAUUAUUAUUCGCUCACUACUACGGAGGCUCAAGAGAAGCGCCAAGCCCAAGCCGAAUUGCACCACCACAAGAAUUACCAAUCCUACGUGGAGGUAGCUAAUUUGUUGAAACACAGCGGGUCCCACCUUCAAGGUAUUGUAAAUCCCACCCAGUUAGCUCGCUUGCUAAACCUAUGAUUUUCUUUUCUCUUUCUUUAAUUAAAAAUGAAAAAUGAAAAAUUCUAUUUU